UUUUUCGAUUGGACGUGGCGAAUGUUUUGCUGCUGCUAAAUUUUAGGAAACUUUGUUCCGGCCGAAAGCAAGUUGCCGAAAUGGGUCUGUGCAAGUGUCCCAAGCGCCAGGUGACGACCCAGUUCUGCUUCGAGCACCGCGUCAACGUGUGCGAAAACUGCAUGGUCGUGAAUCACGCAAAGUGCACCGUUCAGUCCUACAUUCAGUGGCUCAAGGACAGUGACUUUGACUCGUCGUGCACCCUUUGCGGGAGCCUGCUGGACGACGAGGACUGCGUCCGGUUGAUUUGCUACCAUGUCUUUCACUGGAAGUGUCUUGCGGCGAGGCAGCAGUCGCUGCCGGCGAAUACGGCCCCCGGUGGGCACACCUGCCCCUGCUGCAACGAUCCGAUCUUUCCGCCGGCGAAUUUGGUUUCGCCCGUGGCCGACGUGCUGCGGACACGUCUCGGGCAGGCCAACUGGGCGCGGAACGUGCUGGAACUUCCGUUGUUACUCGAGGACAAACAGGACUACUCCGGCUUCUCAACGGCGACCACGACGACCAGCUCCAGCGCCGGAGUUCACAACAACGGUAACAUCUUCGCCAACAGCAUGGCCCAAAGCCGAUCGACGCUGCUGGCCGCGAGCGCCAGCAGCGCAACGAACAACUCGACCAACAACAGCCGACCCGAGAGUCCCCACUUGAUCGUCAACAUGGACAGUUACGGAGGCGGCGCGGCCGCGUCCUCGGCGCUAGACUUUCAAGCAAGCAGCCGGCGUCCCCUCCUGGCGCGCGAGUCCCCCAUCGGCGGUUCCGACCGGGACGACAACAAGUACAAGCGCCGCACCCCGCAGGAAAUCUUCUCGCGCUGGUCGCGCCGCUUUUACGCGCCCUCGUCGAAACCGCCCUGGCGCCGCACCUGGUUCCUCGUGCUGAGCGGCUGCAUCGGCUUCGUGUGCAUCAUCUACGUGCUGGCCACGCUCGGGCGGCGCGGAACCGACGGCGAGAUGGCACUCAUCUACAACCGGAAUCUGCCCCACGAGGAAUGAUGGGGGGCCGGGAAGUCAUUCCAGAAAAAAAGAAACCCAAUUUAUAUGCUGCGUCAAAUGUGUAACUAUUUAGCAUCCCCGUUAUCAUAAUUUUAUACAUUAUACUGUGUCUGCUGAUUAUAAUUAACUCAAA